AUGAUUUUAAAGAAUCAAACCGAACCAAGACCGGACGCGACCGCUGAUGAACUGAACGAAAAAAAGUCGGAUCGUAUAAUUCAGCCACAAUCCCACCCCAAUAACACAAUUCCAUCAUUUCAGAGUGACGGAUCGCUGCAGCUCACAAACCUGACCACCAGCGAUGCUGGUCUGUACACCUGCUCGGAAAUGGUUCCGUAUUCCACCGGUGAUGAUGACCUCAGAAACGCUACCAACACCAGUGGGCUGCUGUUCGGCAACUCCCGCAAUGACAGCUACAACACAAGCACCGAGGAUGAUGGUCAGACGGGUGAAAGUUCGCCACCAACUUCACAGCAGCCAGCACCCGACUCGUACGUGGAAAUCCGACGGGUCAACGUUAAGGUACGGAGACCACCGUAUGCAGUGUCCAAUUUUUUCGUGCGUGCCUCCACCAUCAUAGCCGUGCUGGUUUGGGAAGUUAUGCCGAACCGGACUGGCGGGUACGCGAUUCGUGAUUUCACCUCGGAAAUGCGCAAACUGCGCAUGACCGAUGAAGACCCGGAGGAACCGUGGGAAACCAUUGACCCGCGGCACAUUAGUCCGAAUGCGCGACAGUUGGAGAUUUACCACCUGAUCCCGAACACUACCUACGAGUUCCGGAUUUGGGCUAACAAUGCACUCGGAUCCGGUGAUGUAAUGACCAUUACUGCCACCACGUCUCCCGAUAUGGAGGAAAAAGAUCUGAUACGACGGAUAAUGAUCGAUGCGCAGAACUUUGACACUCGCGUCUGGAUCGCAGCAGUCGGUGUCGUCAUGGGGACGCUCGUCAUCCUAUCGCUCGGCACGUGCAUCGUGCUGUACAAGGAGUGUCGCGAACCAAUCGAAAAAGAGGAAGAACUCGACAGUCUGGAGCUGGUGCCGAACAUAAUCCUGAAUCCGGGCUUCUGCGACUCGGACGAUCAGGGUCAAAGUUCGCUGUCACCACCAAUACCGCGGACCUUAGCCUUCCAGCCGGUCGGUAACGGUACUGUGAGCUCGCACAACGGUUACCAUUACAACCGUCGCUACACAUCGCCGUACGGUGCCGGGAGUCGGUAUAACUACAACGACUACGACGAUGAUGAUUCCGAGGAAGAACCAAUGACCUUCAGCCGCCGGAUGUCGAUCUUUUUCACCGGCAACACCAUCAAGCGAAUUUGAGGGAAGGUAUUCCCGGAGGAUUCCGUGCGGUACUACUAAGGAUCGAUCACAACAAAUAAAAUGACCGCUUCUACACCAACCCCCCCACUAUUCACUAUCAAAAUAAGCGCUGUUUUGGUCCUAGUGGGCGUACAUAUGCAAAUAGUAAGCGGUUGCUUUGAUUAAGGCUUGUUAAUUGGCAGCAUUCAAAUCCCAUAAUGCACCUGGUUAGUUGCGACGGCAGCGACACCACACGACACAUCUUCCAAUUAGUUUAUUCGAAGCUCGCUGAUACAUUUAUUCGAUCGCUAUUUAAAAAAAAUGUGAAAUGAAAUGUGAUAAAUCGGACUAGGGUUUAUAGGCAGGAAUAAUCGAUUGGUACAAUAAGAUAAAACAAAUACUUCGCGAAUAUUAGAGCCAACUGAAAACCAAACGCAAUUGUUGAGAUUGUAAUUUUUGUAUAAGCAAACACGAAACAAAUAAUGAAUUGGGAAAAAAGCGAAAAUAAUAAACAGUUCGAUUCGCAGUUGUUAAAUAGAGCAAAAAUUGCCCCAAUUGUCGCCAGAAGAAAAAACUAUUUGUUUACUAUACCAAAGAGAAUGUUCAUCAUGAAGACUGUAGUGUUUAGUUGGUAUGAGGAAAUGAUACAUUUUUUGUGAGUGAGAUUACAAAAUUGUUCAAAAAAUAUGAUCUUAUACUACGUUCACACUACGAGUUAAAACGUGUUUUAACGCUAUCUUGAUGACAUUUUUCUUGUUGCUAAUUAUUAUAACAUGUUUUAACUCUGUAGUGUGAACAUGGUAUUACAUUAAAAACAAGCUUAUCUGUGCUACUUUGUUGCAACGACUAGGCAAGGAAAAAAGCUGCACGCCGUAUUAUAUUUCACCAUACACACUGCUUCUCGCCAUCUCUCGGAAUCCAUGCGUGCCGGAAGUAUUCAUUGCCGAGACCGAGACACAAAAAAGUAAGUAAAAUAGUUUAGCGUAAAUCGAUUUUGUAUUGCUCUGCAUCUGAUACCAUGUUCACGUGUGAACGUAGUAUGAGAGAAUUAUUUGUUUCGGAGUUUUAGUUUUUCGCUGUCGUUAAUAGCAAAUUAUGCAACAGUAGGCUUUGCCUUGGCUGUUGACAGGUUUGAAGGUCUAUUCAGGUUUCUCAAAAACGGUAAACGAGUGUUGUAAUCGAAACCGAGUUUCCGUUUAAUUUGGACACAAUUUAUCUCCAUUUUUUCAAUUGAACUUACCAGAAGAAUUUGUCCGGACCGAGGAAAGGUAAACUUGGGCGUAGAAGUAAACCACAAAAUGCGAUUAGGAAAGGAUUCAAACCCAGCCAUGCGAUCUGAAUUAAAUUACGGUCGUAUUUAAUGAGAUUUGCCUUUUUUCAUUAUCAUGGUAUGAUUGGCUAAAAACGUGUGCAAUGUGAAACCUUGGUGCUACAUUCCGAUGGGGAACUUGAUCUUUCGCAGUCGAUUUUUUGGCAAAUGCUGGCUUGGGCUUUUUGAUAUCCGUAGUAUUUUUCGAAUCCCCGUACCUAUGCCUUUUGGAGUGCAUUCGUCCAAAUAGUGUACAAAAUAAGACAUUUUAUUCAGUUCAACGAGUGUUUAAACUUUUAGAAUCUCACGUUACCUUUUUGCCUUCAUCAUAUUUUCUUUCUCGCUCCUAGAUACUUUUCAUAUUCCACACUGCUACAUUUUCCCUUACUUUUCUACUUCCUAAACGCUUCCUUUCUGGGCCAAAUCAGCCUUUCUCCUCUUACACUAGCUGACUUGCACUCGUUUCAAGUUAAAUGCUUGCAGGCUUAGCUCUUCCAGCACACUUUUAUCUUGAACCCGUAAGUAGGGGUUUCCCCACUAUUUGGGUUCUCGUUUGCCCGGCGGACCCUUUUGACAGGUGCUCCUAACGGAAUUUCGGGUUUCCAUACAAAAACAUAAAAAAUAUGAGCUUAACUAGUUAUCCUCCAGGGAGAGAUGUGCGGAGACGCCAUCUUGAACCAGCGAAACUGUCAAAUUAUUGAGCCAGCCGAACCAAUCUAUCUCUUUUUGGGAGAACUGAUAGAUUUAAACAAUGGAGGUGAAGGUUACCAUUUUAUCCGCAUAUCUGUCCCAGGAGGAUAAAGGACGAACUUUACCAACUUAGGAACUUUAAACCUCUAUAGUUGUGUUCCUCACAGCUUUACACUAGUGGCUGCACAUGGGCAGCGCUCACUUGCUUGAUUCUAUGUAUUUUUCACCAACAUGCUGUUUACUAUGCUGGCUGUCGAAAUCGCGUCCCACGUUUCUCAAUACAUCCUAGCGCUAUUCGCUCGCAGCCUCAUUGACUGCAAUUCUAUGCUGACAUGCGGCGCAGCCAACGUUAGCCGGUGUACUCCAUUUCCAUGGAAAAUGUUUUUGCACCAAACAAAUCCGACGUAGCUCUCGAAUAAAAAAGAAGCCCUCGAAUAAAGUUCCGGAUCAGCUCCUUGCCAGAAGUUUUGCAUCAAUGCGUUAUGAGGACCCCUUUCGCUGAGGGUCGGCUUCGAAUUUCUGAGAACGGUACUUUUCCAUCGCUUUUCGUUUCACUUGGAAAUCUGUGCAUUAAAACAGAAAACCGUGGAGAUUUGUGCGGUUUUAAAAAUCUGUGCAGCACAUUGAAAAUCGGUAAAACAGAUUAAUCUGUGCACUUGGCAUCCUUGUGCCGUCGUUUGUUUUUUUUUUCUGUAAAGUGACUUUCUCCCCUUUCGUUAUCGAUCAUACCCACACUAUUUUUACAAUAUACGGCAGGUAGCCUAGAACAAAGCUUCAAUAGCCUGCCGCUCGCCAGCCUGUAUUUUAACCUACCCAGUCGCCAUUUCGUUUACUGGGUGCUUUUGUAGUAUUUCAGAAAAUUCAUUGGAAGGUGCAAUUUUCAAGAAAGCAUACGGCGAAAAUGUUACCCAGUAAACGAAAAGACGGUUAGGCUCGUUAAACUACCCAGCAAACGAACAGGCGGCUAGGCGGGUUAAACUAGCUGCUGGUGAUCUGUUGGUUAUUGAAACUUUGUUCUAAGCUACCCGCCGUAACUUGCCGUUUACUGUAAAAGUAGUGUGGGUUAUUGGUUAUUGUGCCUUGCAGGAUAAUCGCUCGAUAUGCGAUUAUAUUCUGGUUGCAGUUGAAAGCUGGAAAAUCCAUCCAGCGACAAUCCGUUUUUCUCCUGUUUAGUGCUAAUCCAUGAUGUCGGAAGUAGUGCGCUGGAUAGCACACCAUUGUACGAAAACAGCGCACUACUUUCGACGUGAUUCCAAUGUUUAGAACCAGAAAAAAAUACGAUUGUCGCUGGUUGGAUUUUCCAGUUUUCAACUGCAACCAGAAUAUGAAAGCUCAAUUGAGAUAAGCGCGUGACAGCCGCCUAUAUAAAUUUAUAGGCAGCUUUUUCCUUGAAGCUUUCGAAAAGCACACAGCUGGCAGAAAAAUAAAGCUCCACUGAAAUCUGCUUGCGAAGCAACUGCGGCUAUAUUUGAUGCGCCUUUCAGACGCCCGCAAUGUGAGAUUUUAUUAUAAGCGCGACAAUAAAGCGACGGAAUGUACAAAAAGUACGUACAUGAUGACAGUGACUGAACUAAAUUUGCACAUCGAUUUUCAAAUUAACUGUAACAGUGAUCCGGCUGUUAGUGUUUUUUCUACUCUCGACGAUUUGUUUAAUCCGUUUCGUGGUUUCCGCCCUCUUUACCAUUAAGUACGAACCGAAGGCGUCUUGGCACGUUAUCAGUGUCCGCCGAGGAAUAAUUUCUCGUACAGUGAAUUAUGAUCUGCUGUGAGGGGAUUCCUGUUUGAACUAGAACUUCCGAUUAAAGAAAUGAGACUGACGUAUAGCGAACCGGAGGCGAACCCUACAUGAGAUAAACAUGUUACCAUUAUAAAUAUUACCAAAACUGUCACAAUAUGUCAAUCCCAUUUGAAUUCUACAGCAUCAAUAUUUGGAUGGUACCCUUACACCGUCAAUAUAUUAGUCUGCACCGAAUACCGAUCCGUACGAAGAUCGCAGUUCUUCUUUGUUACAAACUUCUUCGAGCUGCUGCAGGUUCGAUUUGCAUUCCAACUUUGUCUGGACGUCUAUUUCGCCGAUGACAUUUCUUUUUCUAUAGUACACCUCUAAUAAGCGAUUAAUAUAAAGAAAAUGAUCGCGUCUCCCUUCCGCUCAAAUGACCAAAGCAUCCAAAAUCGUCUCAAGAGGCGUCUUCGAUUGCAGCUGGAAAAGAUCAUUGACGAUUAUUAGUUGAAAUGCGAUAGGGAAUUGUCUAUAAUCUUAUUCAGCUGCUUUGUUAUUGAUCCAUUUUGACGUUUGGAUCUGGGGGGGAAACAAAUCGACCAAAUUGGAGGCAAAACAAACCACUUCAGGGCAAAAUGUGAGUAAUGGACGGAAACGGCCGGCAAGAAAACUGAGUUUACACAGGAAAAGUCUAAUUGGUUGCAUAAUUUGUUAUUCGAAAGAAGUAGAAACUGAUCCACGCCUACUUAGUUAGUUAGUCAUCGGUUUAAGAUGAACGCGAAAAAAAGACGAGCAUAAAAAGCCUUUUGCCAUAGUUUCGUAAAAAUUAAAUAAUCGAGUGAGCAAACUGUCAAUACAAAACAUUAUUCGCAACUUUUUAUAUUAAAAAGUGGCACGCAUAUUUAGAUGGUACAUAAUGUUUAAGGGCAGCAUAAUUAAAAAUAAUAAAAACUUAAAUUGUUACCGAAUAUUGAUAAGCAAAAAAUAAAUACAAAAGAUCAGGCAUUUAUCUGUGUAUGUGUAAAAAUGCUUGUAUUGAUUAUAAACAAAAUAUACCUAUUUUCGGGGGCAAAUCGAAACAGGGCGUAAUACAUUCAACAGUUGAAACCAGCGAAAGCAAAAAUCCGAGCCUAUCUCCGUUUUUAAAACUGCGCUUAUCACGUAUCUAAACCUUCAGUCAACCUCUCAACUUAGACCAUCCGUAGCGAUCCCCCGUACUGUGACAACAAAAGUGAAAUGAAAGCUCACCGAUUUAUCAUAAAUGAAACUCAACAACACACAAAAAAAAUCAGCACUUUAAAUACUGACGUUACUUAAGCUAGCUAUCAUUCUAAGCAGAGACAUAAAAUUUCAUAUCAAAAACUACAGCAUAUUGUGGAUUACGGAACAAACUAGACACAGAAAAGGAAAGAGUAACCUGUACAGUUGAUUAGGCACGUGGUAGAAAUGAGGACGAAGAAAGAUGCGAUAUUCAUAUUUAUGCUUUAUAGUUAGUAUAGGGACUUUACGCGUUUUGCCGCGUGGAGACUAUGAUGGAACUGUUUGUCAAACGGGAAUCGGUCUCUAUAGAUGUAACUAAGUCUACUCAGCAAAUAAAUGCAACACACAAAAAGCCUAUGAUUGUAAGUAGCUAUCGCUAACUCUUUAAACAACUAUCAAAUUCUACCCUUCUAAAAUGUAACAGAAAGUAAGCUAAUGCGAAACGCAAGGAUUAGAUAUGUAGGUAUAUGUCGUAACCGCGAUUUACGAAAAUUUGCGCGUCGAACAUAUUACAGCUUCCCUUUGCUUUGUUCUUGUCCGAUCGGAACGUUAAAUUUGUCUCAAACACUGAUCAAAUGUAUUGACUUAUCCAUCAUUUUAACAGAAGAAAAAAGAAUACAUGUGCAUGGUUUAUCUACCUGAUAAAGCUGUCUUUACGCGCAUAUUAUAAUAUUUACUUGUCACCCAAAAAGUAAUGGUUUACUUAUUUCUGUGAAGAUCAAAGUUAGCAUGCAAGGACUGACAGUAUCGCUUCCCAGUCUCAGAAAGGGCGGCUAGGUGACUAAUAAAAUAGCACACUUUAGUUUUGGCGACUCCCGAACUCCGAUACUACUAUACCCAACGUUUCGGUCUUUCAUUUAAUCAUUUUUCGAAAGCAACUCGUUAUUCGUCGUUACAGAUGAUGUGAAAGCGAAAUGCAUUAAAUAAACACAAGAAAAUAUUUUUCAAAUGUCAGAAUAAUGUUAUUAAAAUGUGAAUAUUGUGAUCGAACAAUUAUUUCAACGUAAAUUUAUUUAAUUACAAUGUAGUGGAAUAAUGAUAGACAAAUCAGCAUUCUAUCACUAAUUUCUGUCGUUGGCGGUACCAUCAAUCAACGCUAGCAAGUUAAAAAUGGCAGAACAAAGCAGAGUGAACUAAACAAGAUAUAAUAUAAAAAAUACAGCUCAUUUCACAUUUCAGUAUCCACAUACAAAAACACUUAAAUUGCCAUUACUAUUACGCUUUCAUUGCCAUUUCCUUUCAUCGUUGACUUUCCGAGCACUAUAAAUAUGCUUAACAACUUACGGGCACCUAUUCGAUGAUUUUCAUUUGGAACAUCCAUUUUUCUGCAUGAUUUUCGAUAAGGUUUUGUACUUUUAUGGUCAUGAUACGGUUCGACUUACCAUUUCGAGAAACACAAAAUAUCACAGAUUCGCCACGAAGCAUCGGUUUUUCCCCCCCUGACUGAAGUAGAUUUCACUUCACAAAUCAGUAAGGCAGCAAUAUAUAGCGCUCUAAAGACUUUACUAUUUCUUUCUGCAAUUUUCCUCAAGUAAAAUAGAACAUCACAGGCCAAACGAAGGAAUGCAUUGCAUGAUUGCGGGGCGACUAACCCAAAUGUACAAUCCCUAUACAUUUUGCGCUCUCGCAUAUAUAAUCUUUCUUAUCUUAUCACCAUUAGUUUUGAAUUUGUAAGCAAGUUUCCCGAAGCAGAGUAUAAGCGAUCAUCUUUUCGAUUUUGCUUUUUUCUUACAUUCGAUCAAUAAAUUCGUAGAUUUGCGACUGAACUAUUGUUUGCUAAUAACCACGAUCUAUUUCCCCCCUCCAUAUAGGUCUUUCAGAGACUAGUGAUUUCUUUUGAACAUGAUACAGUCCAACUUGUCCGGACUUACCCAUAUUUAACCGUACACGUGUGUCAGUCAGUUAAACGAUGGCUGACGCAAAACGACGUGAUAGCUCAAUUCCAACUGAAAGUUUAGUGGAAAAAGCCAUCGAUUAUUGAACCAGUGGAAACACCUAACAUAGUAAUUGAAUCGUAUUCAAAUAACCGCUAUUCUAAAUUUAUCCGUUAAGACACCUCCUUUCAGAACUUUUCACAUUGUUGUGCUCUUUAAAUAUUACCGUAAAACUUUUCGACUCUUUCUAUGCUAUUAAACAAAACUUACUUCUGUGCUAGAACAGAUGGAAUUCAUUCGAUUUUUCAAGUUUUGACUAAUAUUGAAGUAGGAAAAAAAUUAGCUAUAUUUACACCAAUUUGUGAUAAUCGCGCACCAAAACGGAAAGCAACAAAGGCGUAUCUACAUAUAUUGUCCUGCAAUUGUGAGAAUGCAUUUCGAAUCAUUUAUCUUCUCCAGUUACGAUCCUUCCCCCGGAUAUAUGUGUCCUACUACUCUAUUGUUGGAGUUUUUUUUUUCAAUCUAAAUUUUUCUCAUCACAUUCCAUCAUAAUGUCACGCUUAGAUAUUACAAUAUAAUAAAGUACGUACAAUUGAACAUUGUCAACUGAAGGUAAAGUAACCCAACAGAUAUCAAUUCAAAAAAAAUGCUAGUUUAAUCAUCCACUGAAGCAACGUCUUUGUAUAUCCAUCACAGAACAGCUAUUUGUCGUCUCUCCCACAGAAACAGUUCAUAGUGAGCAGUAUAGUCAUAGAACAUACUGUAGAACUUGCCGCAUUGUAUAGGAGGGAGGGAUGAGAAUCACAUGUAAACGCCAGUGUCUUACAUAUUUUAUUACAUUUUCAAAUAAAGGCUGUUGAGGAAUGCGUA